AUGUUGAGCAAGAUGACGUCCUCCCCUCAGCAGCAGCAGACCAUGAGAGGUCCUAGGUGGAACCGGGCCCUGUCCGACCCGCUGUUCGUGCUGCUGCUCUUCCUCCAGCUGCUGGUGGUGGCGGGCUUGGUGCGUGCCCAGACGUGCCCCUCCGUCUGCUCCUGCAGCAACCAGUUCAGCAAGGUCAUCUGCACGCGCCGCGGCCUGCGCGACGUGCCCGACGGCAUCUCCACCAACACGCGCUACCUGAACCUGCAGGAGAACCUCAUCCAGGUGAUCAAGGUGGACAGCUUCAAGCACCUGCGCCACCUGGAGAUCCUGCAGCUCAGCAAGAACCAGAUCCGCACCAUCGAGAUCGGCGCCUUCAACGGCCUGUCCAGCCUCAACACGCUGGAGCUGUUCGACAACCGGCUCACCACGAUCCCCAACGGGGCCUUCGAGUACCUGUCCAAGCUCAAGGACCUCUGGCUCCGUAACAACCCCAUUGAAAGCAUCUCGUCCAAUGCCUUCAACCGCGUGCCCUCGCUGCGGCGCCUGGACCUGGGCGAGCUUCGCCGGCUCACCUACAUCUCGGACACGGCCUUCGAGGGCCUCAGCAACCUGCGCUACCUGAACCUGGGCAUGUGCAACCUGAAGGACAUCCCCAACCUGCACCCGCUGGUGCGGCUGGGCGAGAUGGAGAUGUCCGGCAACCAGCUGGCCAACAUCCGGCCGGGCUCCUUCAAGGGCCUGGUGCACCUGCAGAAGCUGUGGAUGAUGCACGCGCAGAUCCAGACCAUCGAGCGCAACGCCUUCGACGACCUGCAGUCGCUGGUGGAGCUCAACCUGGCGCACAACAACCUGACGCUGCUGCCGCACGACCUCUUCACGCCGCUGCACCACCUGGAGCGCGUGCAGCUGCACCACAACCCGUGGAACUGCAACUGCGACAUCCUGUGGCUCAGCUGGUGGCUGAAGGAGAUGGUGCCGGGCAACACCAGCUGCUGCGCGCGCUGCAGCAGCCCGGCCGGCUUCCGCGGCCGCUACAUCGGCGAGCUGGACCAGAGCAACUUCCACUGCUACGCGCCGGUCAUCGUGGAGCCGCCCGCCGACCUCAACGUGACGGAGGGCAUGGCGGCCGAGCUCAAGUGCCGCGCCAGCUCGCUGACCUCGGUCAGCUGGAUCACGCCCAACGGGUCCGUCGUGACGCACGGCAACUACCAGGUGCGCAUCUCGGUGCUCAACGACGGCACGCUCAACUUCACCAACGUCUCCAUGCAGGACACGGGCACGUACACGUGCAUGGUGAGCAACUCGGCGGGCAACACCACGGCCUCGGCCACGCUCAACGUCUCGUCCACCGAGACCAGCACCUUCACCUACUUCACCACCGUCACCGUGGAGACCAUGGAGCACGAGGAGGGCCACGCCACCGUGCCGCAGCGCGUCGGCCCGACCCCGUCGUCCGGCCUCUGGGAGUCCUCCUCCACGCUGGCCACCACCACCACCACCGCCGCCGCCGCCCGCCCGCCCCAGUCCACCAAGUCCACGGAGCGGCCCUACACCGUCCCGGUCACCGCCCUUGGCGAGGGGCCCUUCAACGGGCUGGACGAGGUGAUGAAGACCACCAAGAUCAUCAUCGGCUGCUUCGUGGCCAUCACGCUCAUGGCGGCCGUCAUGCUCAUCAUCUUCUACAAGAUGCGCAAGCAGCACCACCAACAGAACCACCACGCCCCGGCCCGCAGCAUCGAGAUCAUCACCGUGGACGAGGACUGCGUGCCCGGCGGGCAGGCCAUGGAGCGCCACCUGGCCCUGGCGCAGCUCGAGCACGAGCACCUCAACCACUACAACGCCAACUUCAAGACCCCCUACAACCACGUGACCACCAUCAACUCCAUACACAGCUCGGCGCACGAACCUUUGCUAAUCCGUGCGGGCUCGAAAGACAAUGUGCAAGAGACCCAAAUCUGA